AUGUCACCUAACACGGCCAUACCACAUCUGCGCCCGACAGAGACGGGGAAGCAGCUCAUUGUCCAUGGCAAGCCGUUCCUCUGUCUGGGCGGCGAGCUACAUAACUCGUCCCUCACCUCGGCCGACUACAUGGACACGGUCUGGCAGGAUCUGGUCGACACCAACUUCAACACCAUCCUGGGAUGCGUGACCUGGGAGAUGAUUGAGCGGGUGGAGGGCAAGUUCGAUUUCUCCGAGUUGGACAAGGUCAUUCUGGGCGCAAGAAAGCACGGCCUUCACCUAGUGUUGCUGUGGUUUGGUUCUUUCAAAAACGGUAGCGUUUCGACAUAUAUCCCCGGUUGGGUCAAGACCAACCCAAAACGCUUUCCGCGAGCCAAGCUGAGGAAAGCCGGUGGUGUCUUGGAGACCGCCGACGUGCUGUCGAUAUUCCACGAGGAGGCGCCCCGAGCCGAUGCCAAGGCGUUCACAGAGCUGAUGCGCCAUCUGCGAGAGUUUGACGCAGACCAUUCAACCGUGAUCAUGGUGCAGGUGGAAAAUGAAGUUGGUCUGCUGGGUGAUUCGCGUGAUGGCUCCGAGGCAGCGGAGGCCCGGUUCGCACAGCCUGUUCCCUCGGAUCUGAUCGAAUUCCUUGCCCAGGACUGGGAGAAGCUCCAUCCCGAUCUGCAAGUGAACCUGAAGUACUUCAGGGCGCAGUCGCCGGCAUCAUACGGCGGUACCUGGACGGAAGUCUUUGGAAAGGGCCCGCACACGGACGAGCUCUUCAUGGCAUACCACUAUGCGCACUUCCUGAACCAGGUUGCAGCCGCGGGCAAGGAGGAGUACCCGCUCCCACUCUUUGCAAACGUAUGGCAGAACUACGCCAACGGCAGUGGCGAGGAUAGCAGAGAUCUCCCCGUCGUGGUGGGUGGCGGGGGUCUUCCGGGCGACUAUCCUUCGGGGGGCGGGACGCCCACCGUGCUGGACUUGUGGCAGCGGUUCGCGCCUGCGCUGGACCUGAUCGCCCCGGACGUGUACCUGAACGACUACGUCGUCGAGUGCCGCAACUACCGCCACCGCAACCAGCCGUUGUUCAUCCCGGAGCAACGCCGGGAUGCGUAUGGCGCACGCCGCAUCUGGGCCGCUAUCGGCUCCUUCCAGGCGCUCGGCGUCUCGCCGUUUGGCAUCGAUUCGCAGCAGCCGGCGACGAACCCGUUCACCAAGCACUACGGCCUGCUCGCCUCGGUCGCUCCACUCGUGCUUGACGCCCAGCGUCGGCCUGGGAGCUCUGUCGGCUUCUUUUUUGACGAACUGCGCCCCGACGGUUCCGACCCGAGCAAGCCCGUCGUCGUGAUCUUCGGCGAGUAUAAGCUCACCAUCGAGCGGUGCUUUGUCUUCGGCCGUCCGGGCCCUGGCUCCGGCAUGGUCAUCCAUCAGGGCGGUGCCCGAUUCCUGCUCAUCGGCUGGGGAUUCCAGGUCCGCGCCCGCGCCCUGUCCGCGAACAGCCACUUCACGGGCAUCUUGCGUUUCGAGGAGAAGAUUGUCGUCGACCGGUCAACAGGCGAGCUGCGCACCCUGCGCGUGCUCAACGGCGACGAAAGUCACAGCGGCGUCUUUGCCAUGAUGCCCAACGAGGAUCCAGACUAUGGCAAUUUCCCCAUCUGCGUAACCAUUCCCGCGCGCACCAUGAUCGCCGAGCUAGAGCUUUACUCGUUAGAGGAGUGA